GUAGUACGCAAGUACACAUGGCAUAGUAAAAAGCGGAAAGUGAAUCAUUGGCAGGUGUUGACGAAUGUAAUAUUAACUUAUUAUUGGAAAUAGAAACCACAAGAAUCCACACAUUGGGCUGCGAGGAGGAAAAUGGCGAGCCGGAAACGGGAUAGGAAUGGAGAAGUCAUAGCAGACAACGUCGAAUUGAAAAGGCCGAACAUGGGUCCCGCCCCCUACCACUACGAGCCCCUGGCCAUGGAGAACCUGGCACUCUGUGACUACACAACCAGGUUCAGCUUGGAGCAGGCAAAGUCGGGACAAGCAACCCGACCGGUACGAGUCUAUGCCGAUGGAAUCUACGACAUGUUUCACAGUGGCCACGCCCGACAACUAAUGCAAGCCAAACUGGCCUUCCCAAAUACCUACCUCAUAGUGGGAGUGUGCAAUGAUGGCCACACUCACAAGAUGAAGGGCAGGACUGUCAUGAACGAAUCAGAAAGAUACGAAGCUGUCAGACAUUGUCGAUACGUCGACGAAAUUGUCACAGAUGCACCGUGGGUACUGACAGAAGAUUUCUUAGAAGAACACAAGAUUGAUUUUGUGGCGCAUGACGAGCUCCCCUACACAGCGGGCUCCAGCAAUGGGGACGUCUACCAGGGCAUCAAGGAGAAGGGAAUGUUCCUGGCUACAGAGAGGACGGAAGGGAUCUCCACAACUGAUGUGAUUGCGAGAAUCAUCAAGGACUAUGACAUGUAUGUGAGGAGAAAUCUCCAGAGAGGAUACACAGCCAAGGAGCUGAACAUCGGCUUCAUGAAGGAGAAGCGUAUCAUCUUCAAGGCUAACUAUGAGAAGAUGGGGGAGAAGGUGAAAGAGAAGGGGAAGGAGUUCUAUGACAAAUGGAAGGAGUCUGUCGACAAGGGCAAUGAGCUCAUCCACAAGUGGGAGGAGAAAUCGAAGGAGUUCAUCGGCAGCUUUCUCGACAUGUUCGGCAACAAUGGGAAACUGAGCAGCUGGUUUCAAGAGAGCAAGAUCCGGAUCGGGCGAGCGAUGUCCCCCACAUCAAGUCCAUCUCGCGAUGACUCACCGUCUCCGUCCUCCAGUGAACCUUCCAGCCCACCCACCAAGAGAGGGCGCUUCUCACCGGAGCUGAGAUUUGAAGAAAUUGAGGAUGAAGACUUAUAAGAAGUUGUUGCCUUAUGAAUUUUGAAACUGAUUUGUGAAAUUACCCCCUGAAAGAAUGUAAAAAAUUUUGAUUCACCAAACUUCUGAAAUGGCCACAUGGUAUAUAAUUGAUAUGAAGAAGACAACAUUUAUAACAUUUUUGUCAUUGCAAUAUUAAAUGGAUAUUCAGGAAAUAUCCCUUAGUAUUUCUCAUGUCAUGAGACAUGGCUGAGCUAUGUGUAUUGUUACUAUGGUAACCAGUAUAACAGUGACGUGCAUUGGCUACAGUUUCUGCUAUUGCAUGAAAUACCUGAGUAAGUUGAUUGUCGUGACUAAAUCCAAGCACCUUUUCAUGACCUUCGUGACCCAGAGACAGUUUGUCAUAACCAUGUGAAUAAUUUCAUUGUCAUUGACUGCACUGAUGAAUUAUGUCAUUGGUCAGGUAACGUUUCAUCAUUAUGUCAUAUUAUGUUAUUAUGUCUGAUAGAUGUGCAUCCUCCUAAACUCUGAUAGAUACGCAUCCUCGUAAUCCCGGAUAGAUGUGCAUCCUCGCUAUUCCUGCUAGAUAUGCAUCCUUGUAAACUCUGAUAGAUACGCAUCCUCGUUAUCCCUGAUAGAUACGCAUCCUCGUAAUCCCUGAUAGAUAUGCAUCCUCGUAAACUCUGAUAGAUAUGCAUCCUCACAAAUUUUGGCGAAAGUGUCUUGCUGUUCACUUGACACAAAUCCCAAGGACAAGAUCAACAGGGAACCUAAUAGCGUAGGAAUUUGUGGCUUCUUAUGUAGUUAACCAAUCACAAUCUUUUACUAGUUGUGUUAGGAAGGGAGGUAACUCCUCACACAGAGAGAUUGACAGCCACUCUAUAAAUGAGUGAAAGGAAUAAUCGGAAGGUAGUAAAACAUUUUGUCAUUAUUUAUGUAUGUAUAUUAAGGGAAUUAUUCCAAUGAAAAAAUGGACUGGUAUUUGAAGAAUGCCAUUGCUACAAAUACAUUCCUAAGGAGCACAAUAGUUUAUUGGUCCAUAUUGGACCCCAUUUCUAUACAUUAAAUGGCUGGUGCUGUCCCCACUUUUGAAACACACAGGAUACUCUUUCACAAAGAUAUUCGUGGGUAAAUUUUUAAGAAUUUUUUUUUAUGUAAGCCAACUUUUUUUUCUUUGCUAAUACAGCCUAAGGUUGUUGUCACCCAUCCUCGAUGAUCCAGGGAAAAUUAUAGCUCCAUUAUUAUAUCUCUAUUACCACUAAUUUCACAUAGAGUUUCUACACAUAAUUUUAUUGGACAGCUUGUUUUAGUGUCAGAUCAUUUGAAUAACGAAAUUAUUAUGGCGAAACUAUAUUGACGAAUGGAGAUGUAGUACUGUAACAAUGAAACACUAUCAUCUCUUAGAAAUCCACGUGCAGGCUGUCUUCUUCGUGGUGGGGUAUAAGGGAUUUAUUCUCCCGCUUAUUUAUUUCCCUCCACGGCAGGAUAACUAGUAUUUUAUCAAGAUCACGUGAACCAAUCAGAUCUCAUCAUUCUGACAUGGAAGUAUGAUAAACUGGAUUAUCAGGGAUGGUUGAGAUUGGAGUUUGGUAUUUUGUGUGAAGGUGUACCAGGAGAAUAUUCAUUUAAGGUUUGGCAUAAUAGAAUAUUUUCAUGCAGGGUAUAUUCUCUGAUUAUCUGAUAUGUUUUAUGUAUACGUGAGCGGGUGAUAUGAACUUCAACGCUCUAGGCUGACAACUCGGGUGUUGAAGUCCAUAUCAUCCUUGAGGAGGGUGCUAAACCAACUUAUACCAUGUGGGCCACAAGCGUAAUGAAGUUAAAUCAGGAUGCAGAACCCAUCUUCCCGAGGCAGGUGAGUUAACUGACUUUAAAACAUCAGUUUCCAUCUUUGCCAAACUAGAAUUGAAUUAUGGAGUUAUAUUUUGGCUGGACAAUGGGUCUAUGCAUAGUCCAAUCAAAAUCCUGUAACGAUAUCGACAUGCGAUUAAUAAACAACAUGGCAACUGCUGUGCCGAAUUUGGUCGACUGCAGGAUUUGCAGAGCAUCUGUACCAUCAACUGGGCAUCGACACAUAUUUUCCAAAACUUUUAAUGUUUUUAAUCAAGAUGCUCAAGUGAUAUGAUGCAUUCGCGAGGUAAAGCCCCUUUUAUUGCAAUAAACCUCUUUAUCAUCGA